CCUUCGCCGCCGCCGCCGCCGUCGUCGCCGCCGCCGCCGCCUCCCGCUCCUCAGGCCGUCUCCGCCGCCUCCGCCUCCUCCGCCUCAGCAUGAGAGGAGCCGCCGCCGGGACGCCCUGCCACCCCCCACUGCCGAGCCCGGUAAAGUACUGAAGUGUAGAUUACUGACCUGAUAACAAAAACCUGCAAUAAAAUGGCAAUGUCUAGGGUACCAACCCCACCUCCACCUGGAGAGAUGACCUGUGGGCCUAUAGCUGAAAGUUGGUGUUACACACAGGUUAAAGUAGUAAAAUUUUCCUACAUGUGGACCAUUAAUAACUUCAGCUUUUGUAGAGAAGAAAUGGGUGAAGUUUUAAAAAGUUCUACAUUUUCAUCAGGCCCAAAUGACAAAAUGAAAUGGUGCCUGAGAGUAAAUCCAAAGGGAUUAGAUGAUGAAAGUAAAGACUACUUGUCCUUAUAUUUGCUUUUAGUCAGCUGCCCCAAAAGUGAAGUUCGAGCAAAAUUCAAAUUUUCCCUUCUAAAUGCUAAAAGGGAAGAAACAAAAGCAAUGGAAAGCCAAAGAGCGUAUCGAUUUGUACAAGGGAAGGACUGGGGAUUUAAAAAAUUCAUUAGGAGAGAUUUUUUGCUAGAUGAAGCUAAUGGUCUUUUACCAGAUGACAAGCUUACAUUGUUUUGUGAGGUAAGCGUGGUCCAAGAUUCAGUAAAUAUAUCAGGACAGACUAAUACAAACACUUUGAAAGUACCUGAAUGUCGACUAGCAGAAGAUUUAGGGAAUCUUUGGGAAACCACAAGAUUUACUGAUUGCAGUUUUUUUGUGAGAGGACAAGAAUUCAAAGCUCAUAAAUCUGUUCUUGCAGCUCGCUCCCUCGUUUUUAAUGCAAUGUUUGAACACGAAAUGGAAGAAAGCAAAAAGAAUCGAGUAGAAAUCAGUGAUGUAGACCCAGAGGUUUUUAAAGAAAUGAUGAGAUUCAUUUAUACAGGGAAAGCACCAAACCUUGACAAAAUGGCUGACAACUUGUUAGCAGCUGCAGACAAAUACGCACUGGAUCGGCUGAAGGUGAUGUGUGAAGAAGCUUUGUGUAGUAACCUCUCAGUAGAAAAUGUUGCUGAUAUCCUUAUCCUUGCAGAUUUGCACAGUGCAGAACAGUUGAAAGCACAAGCAAUAGAGUUCAUUAACAGGUGCAGUGUACUUCGACAAUUUGGGUGUAAAGAUGGGAAAAACUGGAACAGCAACCAAACAACAGACAUAAUGGAAACAGCAGGCUGGAAGUCUAUGAUUCAGUCCCACCCUCAUUUAGUGGCAGAGGCCUUCCGAGCACUAGCAUCUGCACAGUGUCCACAGUUUGGUAUUCCUCGCAAACGACUAAAACAGUCCUGAAAUCUUCCAUGAACUUUAGAAAAACUCAGUUGACUUUUACUCCUCCAGGUCCAGAUGGAUUCUAAUAUACAAACCAUAAACAAGAAUUGUUUUUGUUAUCCUUGUCCACAGAACAGAAGCUGAAAAAGCAUUGUUUGCUUUUCAGAUGGAUAAUUUAUGGUUUAAUCUUCAGCUUUAAAUUAGACUGAUUACUCUCUAAUUCACUGCAAGGCCUUAAAUUAUCUUCAAUGACUUCUCUAGUUCAUAUAGGCUAAUUUUUUUUUUUUUAAAUUGUGCCUUGUCUUUUUGACUAGGCUAUGCAGGAUUGCACUAGCUCCAUAAUGCAGUAAAAUUGAUAACUGAAGAUAUUAAGUUUCAAAAGGAUCUUCCAUUAUUUUGAAAAACAAAAUGAAUUUUAUAGUUUUGGUCCAGUGCUAUCUCGAAGGUUAAAACUAGGCUCUCCUCAAAAACACUUGAAUUGGAGAUGACCAUGGAUAUGCUCCAGUCCAAGUCUUGUGAAUACAGGAGAGCUUGCUUACCUUCAAGGUAAGUUAUGGCAAUACACUACUUUGAUUCUAAUUUAUUUUUCAUUGUAGGGGCAAAUAUGCAAUGGUUUGGCCUGAAAGAAUUGUAUUUUCAAUACAGUUUGUAAUACAUGUCUGUAUGUUAACUGUGCAACAAACUUGAGAAACACAUAAUAAACUUUUGCCUGUGUUUCUUCAUGCCCUAGUUAAUGAUGUUUGAAAAUUAAGGUUAAGAUGUCAAAAAAAUAAUAUUUGCUCUUAGAAAUUUUAUAUUUAUUUUGACCCACAUUUAUAUGAAGAUUCCUGGACAUGCAGAAAGUAUACAUAUAAUGACCAAAUGUAAAUUAAAUUAAUGGGCCAAAUUAAGAAUGAUAAAUAUGCACUUUUAAUGUGUAACUUUUUGUAUACUGAGUGGUACAUAUAUAUUUUGCUUCUGAUUGAAUUAAUGAGGUACAGUUAAUGUGUCUUAACUUUUUUGGGAAAAAAACACCAAGAUAUUUGGAGCCAACUGGGACACUCAUUUUGUUACCAUGGACAAGGAAAAUAACAAUUAAGACAACAGAAUUGAGUAAUUUAUGUACUCUCCCUUCCACAUAAUAAAACAGGAUCCUGAGCAGCUUGCUCUCCUCUUUUUCCUUUUACAUACAAACAAUUGUGUGCAACUAUAUGAUUUCUCUAAAGGGAUGUGCACACUAGAGGAGAAGACCUUCUCCUUCUCCUCUUCUCCCCCCCCCCCCCCCCCAUGAUAAGUAUUCCAGGCCACAUUUACAAGCAUUGUUCUCUCCUCCCCCUACCCCCACUGUCUUAAAUUAACGUGCAUUGUGGACAAUAUUGAAAUUCUGCAUAAUGUGAACAGGACAAACCAUUUGGAAACUCCUUUUCAUGGGCCAGUUCUUAUAUAUGAAUUUUAGCUUUAAAUAACAUUUUCAGUGUUCAAUAGCUUUGUUUACAAUUUGAAGGGGGGUGGAAUAUCUGCAAUGGUGCACAGUAUAGGAAGAGCAGGAGAGUAACUGUUGAGUUACUGCUUUAAAUUUACUGUAAUAGUGAUAAUAUAUAAAUUGAUGCUAGGCAAAUUUUUUGUUUCAUCACAAAGGAAGAAGUGUCUCACUGGAAAAUAAAACAUAUUAAAUAUAUAUAUAUAUUUAUAAUUUUAUUCACAAAAGAUUGUAAUUUGCCUGUAGAGUUUUACAAUACAGGACAAAGGAAUUUAAACUUUAUCUUCCAAAAUAAUUUGUAUUUCCCAGGUCUUCAUUUGUAAUCCUAAUGUUUAAGGAAGAGAAUGUAUGCAUAUUUACACUUAACACUGAAAAGUAAGCAUUUACUUACAAACUAGAAAGAGUUUAAGGAUUCAUACUUUAAAAUCUUUAAAUAUCUUUCUAUGAUUUUAACUGUAUUGUAUCAGUUUUGAAAUUGGAAGCAUCCCUUGGGCAAGCAGAAAGAUUAAAGUUGAACAGAAGAUUCCUUCCCUGAUAACAGGCUCUUUCUGUCCUUUGGAGUAGUAAGAAGAGUAAAAUACACACUUUCCUGACUCAAUGAGAUUGAUCUAUGUGAUUUUCAAUGUGAAGUUAGUUAUUUUCAAAAGGGUUUUUUUGUUUGUUUGGUUUGGUUUGGGGUUGGUUUUAUUAUUUGGUGUUUUUUUAACUCCUGCUAGAGAUCUCUGAGACUGGCUACCUGGGAUAUAAAUACUGUUUCCUCCACCUCAGUUUAGUGAAAUUUUUCUGCCAUGUAUUAUAGUAAAAUUUAAGAUAUGCAUAUAUGUAAUGGUGUGUGGUGCAUGUGUAUGUAUAUGUAUAUACAUGUACAUACAACAUAUAGAUAUGUACAUAUAUACACAUAUAUCUCACACCAUGCAUAAAUUCACUGCUAAAACUACAGCUCUUAAACACAGUAACUUGAGUAAUGUUUAUUACUGUGUAAUAUUCACUUCAGCUUGUUCUAAUAUAAUAUUACUGUCUAUUGGAAAGCUUAAAGAUUUUAUUAUAAAGAUUUUUAAAAGCUCAAUAGCACAUUUUGUACCAAAAAAUGUCAAACACUGUGCUGUAAGAACAUCUACGUUUGUAAAAGUGUCCACUUUUCAGAUAAUUCAAUGCAUACCUUCCUUACACUAACAGAAAAUUGUAUGGCAUUGUUUUGCUUAUUUUUAUUUAUUAUGUAUAUUUUCAGUUUUGUUAUGUCUUAAGGAAAAGGUAAACAGUUGAUGUAUUCUCAAGUGGAUGCAUUCAUUAUUAGUUCUUUGGUUGCAUUUAAACCCCAUGUAAUUCUCAGUGGGCCCUAAUGACUGUCCAGAACAUUUUUGUCCUUUUGAAUCACCAGCUUGCUUCUGUGUCCCUUUUUUGUCGCUUCAGAGGGGGCUUUGCCCUAGAAAUGUAGUGGUUGAUUUCAAAUGUUCUACGUUAUAAAAUAACCAUUACAAAAUGUUCUUAUUCAGGCAAAGAUUUUUAAAGUGUGUAUGUACGCGUGUGUUUUGUUUUUAAAAUCGUACAAGUGUUUGGAGCACAAGUAUGAAGGUGCCAUCACAUUUUGGCUUGCCAACAUUACCUCCUUAAAUAUUCAUGUCUACCACCUUCAAACUUUUUUGGAGAAUUUUGCAUGUGUUGUGUGGUCAUGUUGCGUGUGUAUACACGCUUGUAUGUAUGUGUGUGUGGUAUUUUUACAGAGAUAGAUUUUUCUGAAAAUAGGACUCAGUUAAAUCUUAAAAUUACAGGUUAGUUUUAGGUAUUUCAUUUCAACUUGUUUUACUUAGGAGGCAGUUCAGGAGGCAAGGAAACUAUAAAAUACUUUUUUAUAUGGUCAAUUUACUGCAUACUGAACUAAGAAAACAGUGCCUUUUCAGGACUUCUAUGAUAAAAUUAAGUUAUAAAAUAUUUUAAAAUACCUUAAGUUUUCUCAAGUAUUACUGAUGCAUAUGUAAACUAGAUUCAAAAUAAAUUAUGAAAAAAUUGGAUUAAUUUAUUUGCCUCUUUGACAUUGCAAUAUCCUUACAAUUGAAAUCAGAAAGCAAAUCUCCUUUGCAAAUGUGUAAUCAAGGACAUUUCUAAAAUCUAACCCUGGUCCAUUAUUCAGAUUAAAAAAAAAAAAUCCAGUGCAAUCAGUCAUACACAGUAUUUCUGAACAGGAAGAGCACCUGUGGGGCGUGCCUCCCUCCUCCCCCCACCCCCACCCCCGUCCCCCACCCCCCACCCCAAUUGAGACAUGUCACAUAUUUUAUUUGCAUUCUCAUGGUCUGAAAUAAGUAUUUUAAGAAUGAAAUUUUGAGAGUUUGUUAUUUCCUUGGAAAGGUCUUCAUUAGUUUAAAAUCAGUAUUUCAGUCCAGGUUAAAACUUAUCUAAAUUCCAAGUAUUAACUUCAUUUAUUUGAAAUUGACUCAGUAAUACUGGUCACUGGUUUUAAUGUAUUAGAAAGAUGUACACAUUCGUACACACACACACACACACAGAGCUUCCUAUAAACUAUCAAGAUUAAACUAGUUUAACCAGUGCUCUGCACAUAGUAGGUGCUUAAUAAAUGUUUGCUGAAUUGAAUUAAACUCACAACUUAUUUUCUGUUUGCAGUAAAUGGACUUUAUAUUUGAAAGGGAAUUUGUGGGAAUUCUUCAGAUGUUUGACUUCAGUUAAUUCUGUAUUCGGUGUUUAGAAUGAAGGCUUAACUUAAAUGAGUCCUGUUUUGGAAAUAAACACAUUGUUAUUAUGAUUUAAAGACCAGUAUUGGGAUGGGUAUGAUUUAGAAAAUUCAUAAUAUAUGUAUAAACACUUGCAUCAAACCGGCCAGCCUCUUUUUUUAAUCAGCUGAUGUUAAUGUUCAGAUACUUUUUGUAUCUUGUUGCUGAAAAUAUUUUUGCAUUUCAGCACAUCAAGUUACAAUAAAGUUAUUACUU